ACUCAGUGCAAAAUGGCGUUUAAGUUCAUUGCAUUUGCUGCUCUUCUCGCUGUCGCCCAGGCUGGUGUUCUACCGGCAGCACCUCUAGCAUACGCAGCUGCGCCCGUCGGAAUCGCAGCUCCAAUCAGUUACCACGCUCCAAUAGCUAAAGCUGUAGUAGCUCCGGUAGCCAAAGCCGUCGUUGCCGAUGAUUACGAUCCUCAUCCACAAUACAAUUUCGCUUAUGAUAUUCAAGACGGUCUCACCGGCGAUAGUAAAAACCAACACGAAGUAAGAGAUGGUGAUGUAGUUCAAGGAAGUUACUCUUUGACUGAUGCUGAUGGUUAUAGACGUACUGUUGAAUACACCGCCGAUCCAAUCCACGGUUUUAACGCAGUAGUUCACAGAGAACCACUCGUACAGAAAGCAAUUGUUACUAAAACAGUUGCUCCAGUAGCUUAUAGUGCGCCUGUAGCUAAAAUCGCUGCUCCUCUUACCUAUGCCGCUCCCGUAACUAAGUAUGCUGCUCCAGUUGCUCAAUACUACCAUUAA